UUCUUCUCGUUGCAGAAUACCUAGUCGCCGACAUGAGGCCUCCAAGGGGCGGUGGUAGCUUCAGGGGCCGGAGCGAUGGUGGAGGAGGGAGAGGCAGGGGGAGAGGAUUCGGAGGUCGAGGCGGUGGGGCAGAAGGCCGUGGUGGUGGAAGGGGCCGUGGAGGCGGACGAGGAGGUAGGGGAGGAAGCGGCCGUGGUGGAGGCCGCGGCGGAGGCCGGGGCGGGGGUAUGAAGGGCGGGAGCAAGGUUGUUGUCCAGCCACACCGGCAUGAUGGAGUUUUCCUGGCUAAAGGGAAAGAAGACGCGCUCUGCACGAAGAACAUGGUCUCUGGUGAAUCUGUUUAUGGCGAGAAGCGAGUUUCUGUUCAGAAUGAGGAUGGGACUAAAGUUGAGUACAGGAUAUGGAAUCCGUUCCGGUCAAAACUUGCAGCAGCUAUAAUUGGUGGCGUGGACAACAUUUGGAUUGCUCCUGGCACUCGUGUUCUGUAUCUUGGUGGUGCAUCAGGGACUACAGUGUCUCAUGUUUCUGACAUUGUUGGACCUACAGGAGUUGUGUAUGCUGUGGAAUUCUCACAUCGAAGUGGUAGAGAUCUUGUAAAUAUGGCCAAAAAGCGUACUAAUGUGAUUCCCAUAAUAGAGGAUGCUAGACAUCCUGCUAGAUAUAGGAUGUUGGUUGGCAUGGUGGAUGUUAUUUUUUCAGAUGUGGCUCAGCCUGAUCAGGCAAGAAUCUUGGCUCUGAAUGCUUCAUACUUCUUGAAGAAUGGUGGACAUUUUGUGAUUUCAAUUAAGGCCAACUGCAUUGACUCCACUGUUCCUUCCGAGGCUGUUUUUGCCCAGGAAGUGAAAAAGCUCCAGGCAGAACAAUUCAAACCUUCAGAGCAAGUCACUUUGGAACCAUUUGAAAGGGACCAUGCCUGUGUUGUUGGUGGCUAUCGCAUGCUUAAGAAACAGAAAGUUGCCUCUGAAAGAUAAGGAUUUAUCUCAAUUGCUCUGAGCAAGUGUUGUCCACCUCUUUGUAUUGUAUUGAAUUUCUUUCAAUAAAUAUUAUCUAGGUGAGAAUUUUUUAUGUUUGCAUUCAAGUCAUUUUGUUUACAAAUGCAUGAAAAGAACGUUGAAUUUUGAGAAUCAAGUCUAUCAAUAUUAUCUUAUAUAUUUGUCA